AUGGAUGGGAUCAUUCAUGAACUGGUCCUCACCGCUUACGUAUCGAUCAUGAACACCCCCCUUGUUGGAUCUACUGUUCAGGGAACCAAGAGAACGCGAAUAAAUGUGGACUCCUCGCCGUUGGAUAGCUGUGUCGAUGAUCAUGGGCUGCGGGAUGCGAUCAAUUUGAUGAAUUCGGACCCGGCCGUUCCCGCUCAUCUCAAGACGAUCAUAGGACAUUUGCUAGAUAAGAUUUUGCAGAAGGAUCGUGAGUUAGAUCUAUUGAGGAAGAGGGACUUAAUGCUUGUAGCUGAAAAUGACAAGCUGAAAAAUGAAAUAGCCUCCUUGAAAGGUAACCUUGCUGUUCCUAAUUCUAGUACUCUUUCUCAAUCUUGUAAUCCUUCACUUCAACCUAUUGAUUCGAAUGCUAAUAAGGCUUUUGAUCCUCAUGAAGAAUGUGAGCGUGCCAGAUCAGUCGUAAAAUUGUUCUGCUUUCUUGAUAUAGAAUGUAUGCCCGUGACUUGUUAUAGAAUGGGACGUCCCCGUCAUGGCGUUCCUCGUUUACUCAAGAUAGUUCUUCCUACUAGGAAAUUCCAGUCAUUACUACUUAAGCGGGCGCCACGGCUUCGCUUCUUCCCAGUUAAAGGUGUCUUUGUCAGGCCUUCUUUGACGUGGGAAGAGCGAGUCCAGCGGCGGGCCAACAUAACUUCUCCUCACCAAAGUGCUCCUCCAAAAGAAGUGUCAGCUCACAAUGUUUCAUUGCAAAGUUCAUCCAGUCAUCAUAGUGCCGCCGAUCCCCCCAUGUCCUAUGCAAAUGUUCCAGUGCGUGCGUCGGGAAACAUAUAUCGUAGUCCUAGUUGUCUUGGAGAGUCCUUCAGCAAACUGCUCAAAUGUAUAGGUGACCUCACCGCUUGCGAGUACUCUUGCGCUCUUGUGGGCGAUUUCAACUUGCCUGACAUUGAGUGGGCCUCCAACCCGACCUGUUCCUCUACCAUGUCCAAGUCUUUUCUUGACUUAUGCUCAAACUACGGUUACCUACAACUAGUAAAGAGCCCCACUCGCCAAGGAAACACUUUAGACCUUAUCCUAUGUAAUGAUCCCAGUCUUAUAUCGGAUGUAGCCAUACACGCACCUAUCGGAACUAGCGAUCAUUGUUCUUUGAGUGCUGCACUACAAAGUCGGCAUGUCCGUCGCUCGCUCACUUAUUGCCUAGAUUAUAAAAUGAUAUUCGAUUGGAUAGGCUCUCUUUCCACCGUUGACACGGUCAAUGAUAAAUAUGAGAUGCUCCUCGAAAUUAUUAAUCAAUCUCUACUGCUGUUUACGCCUGUUCGUAAAAUUUCGCCGUCCAACUUAAUGCUUCCUCAAUACCUG